CAUAUACCUGCGAAAUCAUUUCGUGAAAUACUGUUAUGUAGCCAAAAAGUCCGACCGAAUUACUCCCACCAAGAGGAAUGAGGAAGGUGAAGGUCGUAGUGAUGGCGUCGAUGCUACGACCAUGCAGCACGCUUUUAAAGAAGUACACUUUAUCUGUGAAUAGCUUUCGAACUGCAGAAACUGCAGCUUAUAUUCAGCUGGAGAGAAGCUAUCAAAGGAAUUAUAACAACACAGACAGUAGAAAAGACAAAGAAAAUAAUGUAAAUCCAAAGACAGGACGUCAGUCAUUCCAAACUUUCAAUGAUAAACUUCACUCAGCAGAAAAGGCCAUUAGUUUCAGUGGAAAUCUGAAUCGAGGAACUUUUGAAAAUCUUUGGAAGUCAUUUCAAGCAGGUGAAUACACAGACUGGAGGGACAGUUAUGCUCUACUUAGUUAUACUGGAAAGGCCUUGGCAGCUGUCCCAUCAGAUGAGAGGAUCAAACUUUCACAAAAAAUUUGGCUUGAAUUGCCAAAACUGGGAAUAGCACGUACGUCCCUGCAUUACAGCAUCCUUAUGCAAGUAUAUAUGGCCAAUGGUGUUGACUUCUCACCGCUGUCAAUUCUGGACAAAAUGAAGGAGGAUGGAGUUACUCCAUCAAAGAAAAAUUACAUGUUAUGCCUUCAGAAGUAUGCUGAGGAUGGAAAUCUUCAAAGUGCUAAGGUUAUAGAGGCAAUGUUGCAACAACAUUAUUCUGAUGUUUUGAAAAGAGAGGAAGACCAGAGAUGCCAAAACCUCAUGCUUCUUGCACAUUUAAAGGCCAAAGAUUUUGAUGGUGCUAAAGAAAUUUCAGAGAAAAUGGAGUCUUUCACCGCAGGGACAUAUAUGGCUUAUUUAGAAAACUGUGUGCAAGAAAAUAAUGUGGAAACAAUGAACAAAGUUUUAAAUCAGAUGACAGCUGCAGGUGUUGAUUUGCAUGUAAAGCAAUCAUUGAACUUGCUGAGGAAGGCAUGGACAUUGGGGCAUGAAGAUAUGUAUGAUGGGCUCAUCCAGACAGUAAAAAUUGACUAUGAACAUGCAAGUGAGGACAACAUGGCUCUUCUAAUGAAUUAUAUCCACCUGGCUUCCAAUGAAGGCCAGCAGGACUUGGUACUGAAAUUGUACAGGAUUGUAAAGACCCGGAUGACAUUUGACGUGAUUUUGGAGAUACUUAUACGAAGUCAAAUUAAAUCAGGCAAAACACUCAAAGAGAUACAUGAGCAGAUUUUGGGUAUAGGGGAAAGUGAAGGAUUGCCACCUGAGAAGAGACCCUCCAUUUCUAGUAUUAUAACUACAUUAAAACCCUUGCCAGAAAGACCUGAAAUUUUGCUUGAUUGCAUGCGGGAAUUACAUCAGCAAGGACAGAAGGUGCAAAUGGAGCUCUUUGAAAGCACACUAUACAGGUUUUUAAUGGCAAAAAAUAUAGAAGGAAUCUACCAGACCUUAGCAGUUCUCAAAGAUGUGAACCCCUCCAGAGAGAUGCUUUCAAAAAUGCUUUCUAGUAAACAUUUCAGUGGAAGCUUAAAGUUAUGCAACAAAGAUCCUGUUGCUCUAAACCAGAAGUUAGAGGAAAUUGGUUUUGAGUCGGAUGUAGUAAACACAUUUACUUUGAAGGCCAACCAUGGGGACUGUGUACAGGAUGCAUUAGACCAUGCUACCAAACAUGGCACUGGUGUACAUGAUGAUCAAAGUAUGGAGAUCAUUCUGAAAAGUGUUCAGCAACUAUCUCAGAGACCAAAGGACUUGGAGCCUGCAAUACUUUUUGCCAAUCUUGUAGAAAAAGAUGCUUAUUUGACGGUAUCACAAGAUGUGAGGGCUGAGAAAUUUGACUGUUUCAUUAGGGAAGUCCUUAAUAGCUGCUUUGGUUCUGAAGCAGCCAAAAGCAGGGAGACAGGACAAGUUAUAGUAGACCUUUACUCCAAAUUGGGGUCUUUCAAACUGAGUAGAGCAUAUCAAGAUGACCUCAAUAAACAGGCAGGAAACAGACAAUAUUUUGUAAGGAAAGAUAUCGACUUUAAUAAGAAACUCUCCAAAGUAUCCAGUGACAUGAAUGAAGUGGAACAGCUGCUAGAAAAAAGAAAUGAAGAAAAUUUAAUGAUAGGGAAUGUCAUGAAAAUUGUCCAACUCUAUGUAAAUCACCAUCGUGUAGAAGAUGCAAUAAGCUUUCUAUGCAAAGAAAAGGAAAAAAUCAUAGGUACAGACACGGUUGGAGAUUGGAACACCUUGAUGACAUCAGUUAUGCAGGAGGUGGCAGACAUAUGCAAUUUGACCCAGUUGAAAGCUUUUUUUGGAACGCUGAAAUCUAGUUUAACACUAUACUCUGAUGGAAGUGCAGCAGCAGAGCGGGCAUAUUUCAAAGUACUUAUUGACAGGAAUGGAAAAGAAGUACUGCUUGAAGAAUUGAAGGAAGGCCUGUUUACAGAUUCUGCAUUGGCUCCAAAAGUGAUGGCACUUUUGAUGGAGGAUGGGGACAGAGAUGCACUUAAAGACUAUGUUGCUAAAGCUUUGGCAGAGGAUUCUGACAAUUUAUGUGCUGCAGUAGCAAAAUUGAUGGCUUCUCAAGGCAAUUGUUUGGAUGUUGCCAAAAGCCUGAUACAAGUCUUCAAAGAGAAAAGAUCAUCUGACACAAUAGCACUGUCUAAAGUUAUUCUUUCUGCAAGUCUGAAAGUAGACAUUCAGAAAAUGGAAGGAUUAAUGGAUUACUUGUUAGAGGUACUGGGAACAUCUGAUUUCAAGGAAAGUUUCUCGGUUGUACAGCAUGGUCUGCUGGACAGAGAUUUUCUGUCAACAUACAGGUAUAUGAUGUCAAGGAAUAUCAUUGAAAUGGAAAGACCACUACACUGGGCAAGACACUGGGGUCCAGGAUAUGCAAGGCUCUUGCAAAGCUGUGAUAAAUUACCAGUGGAUUUACCAGAAAGUGCAGAGAUGCGCAGGUACCUACUGAAGAGAUGCAUCAAUCAAUAUAUGCUAAGUCAUCGUUGGGAAAAUGCUCUAUCCUUCAUGGUAGAGGUUUUAUUGCUGGGUAAUCCAGAUGAUAUAGUACAGCUAAGGCAGCUGAGAGAGGAGGCAAAAAAGAAUGGAGCAGAAGAUGUUGAAGGAAAGUUUGGGAUGAAAAUCUUGAAAAAACAGGCUAUUUCCAUGGCAGAUAUGUCUGAAUUGGUGGAAAAGUGGCAACGUGAUAGAUUACCAGUUGGUGAAAUUAAACAGAAUAUUAAUGAAUUGUCAAGAAUAAUCAUCGGAAAACCAUCAACAAAACCAGAAUAUAUCAGAAGAUUGGUGGAAAAAAUGAUGUCAACAUUUGGUGUGACAGAGAGAACUCUAGAACAAGCUCUACACAGCUGCAGCAUAAAAACUGACCUGGAGACAAUGAAGCACUUCUUUGGAUUACUAGACAAGGAAUAUCCACAGCAUCAGUUUCACCUGGAAGUGCUCCUGGACACUGCAGCUGCUCUUGCUAGAUCCGGGGCUCAUGCAAAUGCAGCUGAGUAUAUGGCAACAUUUAAGGACAGAAUCUACCCAGAAACAGAAUUACAAAAACUUGCAGUUUUUGAAAGUUCCAAGGAUCUUCUUAUGGCUUUCCGAUGGUCAGAAAACUGGAAUGAAGAUGCCUACCAUACUGCAUUCAAGCUCCUAGGACAAAUAUUACAUGCUAGUGAAAAGCCCUAUGUUGGGGACCCUUAUUGGGGGUUAUUAAUCUAUCAUUACUGGCAUGGAUUUCAGAUAAGGGAGGAUGUGAAAGGAUUUAGAAAAGCUGUGGAACUGACAAGAGAACAGAAGUUAGAUAGCAAGUACCCAGUAAAUUAUAGGAAGCUUUUCGCUUUGCUCAGUUUGAAAAAGAUGAAUGAGGCAGACAAAGAAGCUGCAGAGGUGCUUUGGAUCAAAGAUAAUUAUUUGAGGAAGAGAAAAAAGGAAGAGAAAGGAAGCACUGAGGUAGAGUCAAACUCCAGUGCGAUUGAAUCAAAGAAAUGAUGAAAAAAGAGUUAACCCUCCAGACAAUUUCAAACUAUGCCAUGUAUUGAGCAGAUCUUAGAGACCAUUCCCAGAGACUAUCGUACUAACAUUGGAUCGAUCUAUCUCUAAGAGGGUUCUCACUAAAUUGCUAUCAACUUAAGCGGCUUAGAUGUUCGGCAUGCUCACUAAAGCUGUUAAAGGGUAAUUAACUAUUGUUUAGGGGCUUCAGUUGGCAUGCCAGACAUAUAAGCCAUUUAAGCUAAAAGCAAUUUAAUGAGAAACCCCUUGGAGAUGGGUCGAUCUAGUUAGAUCGAUCUAGGCAUGGGAACCCAGUCUUAGUUUCAUGGUUUUGAAUUAAUGAAGUAUUGAAAUAUUGCACUUAAUGGGCAUCUGGUACACCCAGAUGCCAUAAAUUAUCAGAUAUUAUGCAAGUAUGGAACUUGUGUACUCUUUUAAGGGGGAUGUAAUUAUGCACCAACAUCUCUGAACAGGUUGGUGGUUGGAACAUUGAAUAUAUGUUGAAGAUAACUAGAACGUGUUUUUUUGUCAAAAGAUUGUAUAUAAUAAAGUGAAAUGGUUUGUUUUGAACCAAAUGUUUUCGUCUUCUGUGCACCUGUUCAUGAAUAGAAUAAAUGGGUUGUUGUCUUUGAAAGAACAUGUUUUUCCAUUUAUCGUGUUAUCACUGAAAGAAAACGGUGAGGAUGGUGACGGCAGAGGGCAACGACAGAUGCAGGAGACAUCUAAACGUAUAGUCAGAUCUGUGUCUGUA